AUGGACAUUAUUGCCUCCCUCUCACUUGCCGGAAUCGACCCUUUUCUCUCGGAGGAUGAUGCUAGUAUUGUACGCCAGAUGUUGGAUCAAGAUGAAAAGCUGAUGGCCAGCAUAGACGAAGAAAUUGCCCGAGUAAAAGCCACCUUGCAAAACUUGACCAAGAAACGCAAUGCGGCACUCCAGCGCGUCACUCUCUAUUCAGGUCCUUCAGAGGCCGACGUUGAAACUAUUCGAGCUUCCAUAUCCGAAGGUCAGAUACGUUUACAGUCGCUGAAGGAGGACAUACGAGAAGCCCGCCUUCACCUUGAUUCGUUAUUGGACCAAGAACAGCACUCCAUUCUCGACGAGAGGUCUUCCUCCAACGAUACCAACUCAUCGAUUACGUCCUCUGACCAUCUACAUACUCUUCAUGACUCUAUCGGACAACACAGAAACCUCAUCAAGGAUUUGGAAACCGAACAAGACGACAUUCUUGACAGGAUUGCCCAUUACAAUGCGAUUUUAUCUCCAAUCAGGCUUCUUCCUGCCGAGAUCAUAUCCGAAAUAUUUUUUCAUUGCCUCCCAGACCAGUUAUUUAUUCGACCAUCACCAUGCGAAGCGCCUCUUCUCCUCACCCAAGUGUGUCGUAACUGGAGAGAGACCGCAUUCUCGACACCUCGUCUUUGGUCGUCCAUCGCCGUCACAGUCCACAAAACACGUUCUCACCCUCACCCAUCCCUCAUCGAGAACUGGAUUAUGAGGUCAAAAGCGCAGCCACUAGCCUUUGAACUCGACGUGCGUCUUCGUUUAGAAGACACGGCCGAAAACAAGAGUUUGAUUACCGGCGCUAUAAUCAUGGCGAAAUUUCGUCGUGUGUACAAUCGCUGGAAAUGUGUACGCCUCACCCACGCAGAUUGGCGAAUCGAUGAAAUGGGCCUCAGGGAAAUUUGCGUUGACUCAGGUCCACCACCUCUUCUAGAGACUUUGCACAUGAGCCGCGAUUACUGGCUAGGAGACGUCCAGAAACCGUUACGCAUGCUUCUAGCAGCGCCCAGGCUUAGUUCUGUUCACUGGCGCGGUAUCAUUGCAGAGUUCCGUAGUCCGGCAGAAAUCAUUCCUAUAGAGAAACUCUCCGAAGUGAAGAUAGAUAACCAUCUUACGAAAGAGCAGUUUCAUUCUCUACUAUCAAUGGGGUCAAACCUUGUCAGGUGUGACCUCACGGUUUACUUCGCCAGAAACGAAGAGCUUUUCCUCCGCUGUGCUCUACCUCGCUUGCGUCAACUGGUUAUAGCCACAAAUAGGGGUGGAAAUCUGUUUGACAGUAUCAAUACACCAGCCUUGCACGAUUUAACGAUAAGGAGGAUGGACGGUCCACCAUCCGUAUUCCAGCGCGACGGAGAACGCUUCUGGUCUCAAGAGAGCUUCCUUACAUUCAUGGGCAGAUCUGGAUGUUCGCUGAACAGCCUUGAUCUUGGAGAGACAGAUAUCACACCUACUGAGCUCUUAGAGAUUCUACAACUCCUAUCCGAUUCUCUACAGAGCCUAGCGAUAUCCAAUGAACACAGCAACAGGUAUUGCCUGAAUGACGAAGUCAUCGACUCCCUCUGCGUGAGUACGGCAUCGACAAGCACCAGUCAGGACCUGUGUCCCCGUUUGAACUAUGUCAAGCUCUGGGGAUGUAUGAAUACGACGGACGGAGCGAUUGCAGACUUCGUAGAAUCGAGAUGGUUAACAGUGUGCGGGGAGGGCAAGCUACUCAACAUGGCCUUGAUCAAGUUCUUGAACGAUGCGCGUCAUUCUGUUGACAUCGAACGUUUCAAGUAUUUGAACGAGAAGCGCAGAGGAAUAACUUGGAUUAGAAAUAGAGAAUAG